CUUUGAUAUAUCGGUACUUAUUAAAUGCUACACACUCAUGCAUACAUGACAUAUACAUAUAUAGACUAAUGGAACGCGAUACGUCAGUAUCUAUGUCGGUAUUGUGUUAAUGUUUGAAAGAGUUUAGAACAAAUCAGGUUAACGAAAUACGUAUAAAUUUAAUUAAAGAAAAUACGUGUCCACGAGAUUUCGUGUUUUUCGUUUUUCAAUAGUAGGUGGUUCCUACGACAUUUGUAGCAAAAGGUUACCAAAAGAUAUUUUUUAAACAUGACAAACAUGACAGAGGAAAUUCAAAAGAAUCUAAAAACAGAAAUAGACAAAUAUAAACAAGCCCAAAAAGAUUACCACAAAGCAUUGAGUCAAAGACAGCAGUUGGAUGGACAGUUAAAUGAGAAUAUUGCUGUUAAGAAAGAAUUGGAUCUUUUGAAACCAGACAAUGAUGUUUUUAAGCUAAUAGGACCAGUUCUUAUUAAGCAGGACUUGAAAGAUGCAAAGCAAAAUGUUGCUAAGCGUAUGGAAUACAUCUCCUCAGAAUUGAAACGAGUAGAAGAAUUAAUAACUACAUUAGAUAAGAAACAAGAUACGCAUCGUGAAACAUUAGAGAAAUAUCAACAAAUGUUCCAACAAGUUCAAAUAAAAGCAUCGCUUUCGCAACCAAAGGCAUAAUUCUAUAAGUGAAAUAUAAAAGGACUAUGAUGAUGGCACUUUGUUAUAUUAAUAACAAAUGUUUUGUAAUAAAAAUUAUGUAAUCUUAAACAUCCUUUUAUUCUGAUGUUUUAUUACGUUUAUUAAUAAAGUUCGCUUCAAGAUUUUAUCAUUUUA